GACUCGCAGGCGUAUAAUAUGGCAUGAGAAGUUGGUCAUUCCAACUACAACCAACCAAAUACUCAUUCAAAAAGAAAUUAAAUCACAAUGUCAUCAGAUUCUGAUAUCGAUGCUGAUGUGAAGCCUACCAUUUUCCGAGAGUACAUUGGCAUGGAAGAUAAUAUAGAUGAUUUUCCUGCAAACAUGAUCAACGACAACAUCAAAGAAUUCCACUUCAUUCUGGGCUUUGCAACCGAGUUGUAUGUUUAUGGAAAAGGCACAGGAGAAUUUAACCGCACUUGGAGCAUUGAGAACUUUAGCCCAGAAAAUGUGGCUAAACUCAAGCAACUGCAUAGGCAAGUGAAAGUGGUAAUAAGCAUAGGAGGCAAUGGCCAUGAAUAUCAAUUCAACCCUCAGAAUAAUGAAGACUGGAUUACGAAUGCUGUAUCAUCAAUCAAAGAGAUCAUCCUAGACUACGAGAACGAAGUCAUGGACGAUGAUAACAUAAUUGACGGUAUUGAUAUUAACUAUGAAAACAUCACUUCCAGUGUCGACGACUUUUCAAACUGCAUAGGGCAGGUCAUACAAAAACUCAAGGAAGAUCCGGAUGUUUCCAAAUCCAUGAAAAUAGUGUCCAUUGCUCCAACAGAGUUACUCCAACCCCACUACCUCAAACUGUAUCUAGUCAACAAAGACAAUAUUGACUGGAUUGACUACAAGUUCUACAAUCAGUAUUUUUCCUCAAGGGAUGAGUUUGUAAGUCUUUUUAAGAAACUAGUUACUGAUUAUGAUACGGAGUUUAAACUCUUGGCAGGAGUCAGCACCUAUACAGGUAUUCCAUCUGAAUCACAAGGUUUAAUUGUUGACGGAUGUAAAUACCUCCUUAGCCGUGCAUCACUAGCUGGAGUUUUUGUUUUGGAUGCUAAUGCCUCUGCCCCCGCAUAUUCACUUGAGAGACAGCUUCAAGAACUCCUUACUAAAGAGUGAUUACUUACUAGGUUCUUACCUAGCUAGUAAUUUGAUUUCAUUUCACGGGUCACACAUACUAUAAUCAAUAGCGAAGCCUUAUCAGUCGUGCUUUUUAUAGUAUGUUCAAUAUUCUAAAUAAGACCUAUGAUAGGUCAAGUGCUCUUUUUACUGCUUAUGUGUUUGUUUAUAACAUAUUUUUCACUGUUUUCUUUCUUUAAUUAUUGUGUCUUUGUUGUGAGACUUGAAUUGUUUUUUUAUUUUGUAUGUAUCAUGAACUAUCUGAACUACUUAAUUACCAAUUUAUUAA